CCGACUUGGUGCGACCUGUGCCUGCUCCCUGGACCCUGGACCGCGGACCCUGCACCAGCCCGACGACCGCCCCGCCGACCAGCCUGCAACCCCGGCCUCGCCUCUCACCCCGUCAACCAGACGUCCAGCUUUGCCCCAGAAAAUGCAGCUGUACCUGCUGACGUGCUGCAGCGUGCUGCUGGCGUGCUGGGUUGCGGCGGACGACGUCAUCAUGCCCAACACUGAAUUGGACAACUUUGAACAGGACGAUCGCCCGAAACGACCAUUCUGCAACGCCUUCACAGGCUGCGGCAAGAAGCGGGCCGUGCCGCUGCAGUACCCGAUGCCGCUGGCGCUGCCCAUGGCGCGCGCGCUGCGCUCCGACGACUCCAUGUCCACCCUGAUCGACCUCAACGCCGAGCCCGCCGUGGCCGAGCUCAGCAGGCAGAUCCUGAGCGAGGCCAAGCUGUGGGAGACGAUGCAGGAGGCGCGCGAGGAGCUGGAGCGGCGGCAGCACAAGGAGGUAACAGUGUAGGCCCGCAGGCUCAGGCGGCCAGGAUGUACGUGUCGAUGAUGCGCUCCAUGGUCUGGUUGUAGCGCGACCGGAACAGCUCGUCCGUCU